UUUUAGUCCUGGUUGAAUAAUGAGUUUUUACUUUGUUCCUGUGGUCUAUCUAUGCUCAUGAAUAUACCAAAAUCUUCUCAGCAAUGAUACUAUCAUGCUCGUCAUAGAACUAUGUCCCCCACACCUUCCUUUCUUCCUCCUUCCUCCGCGCAUAGGGAAUGAGAUCAGCAUGCUGAAUAAUCGCAUGACUAGUCCUCCUGCCCGAAGGGGAUUGUCACCGAGUCGCGGAGAAAUACGAUCCAACGACGGUGGUGAAGCGACUCCUCGUCUCCCUGUCCGCCGACGAGCAGAAGGAAGUUCUCGAUCGGACGAAGGCUGUUGUAGCAACUCUACGUAAUUCAAGUCGAUUGCCAGCGUAGCGCCAGAUUUUUAGCGGAUUUCCAGCGAAGUACUCCUCUCCAAUUACGCUAUAAAAUCUGCAGCCUACCGUGUAAGUAGUUCUUUUCGCCAAGAAGAACCCAGAAUCCACCAGAGAAUAAAAACGUUCGUUGGCGUCCUCAUCCAGAAGUCGAAGUACCCCUUCGCUGGAGAUCAAGCAAGAGAGAAAUCACGACGCCAACUGCACCUGCAGGGUUACCUUCUACUGCAUGGACGGGGAGAACGCUGCCGCUGAAGUAAGCAAGAGACUCAUCUCCUUCUUCGUAUUCGUAACCGGGUGAAACGACACAUUCUGACAGCGACUCCUGAAGAACUAGAGACUAAAAACUACUAGACCAAAAACGAUGUGCUACACCCAGUACAUGCGCUACCACACUUUGAGCAGCACGUGCACGCCCUAGUGCCGUCAGCUGCCUCUAGCAAGUAGUACAACCCAAAACUACAGCUGAACUGCUCAACAUCAACAACAUCAGCAUCAACCAUCUUCUACUAGCUACUACUUUUGUUCUGUUGAUCACUAACAGUUGUACCCCAAAGAACAACAUCUACAAGUUACUACUUUUCUGUUGAUCAGCCCAAAGAACAACUCCUACAAGAUGCAGCGUUACAAGGUGUCGAAGAUGCUGGGUGACGGCACCUUCGGGUGCGUCAUGAGGGCUAGGAAUCGACAAAGCGGAGAACAUGUGGCCAUCAAGAAGAUGAAGAAGAAAUUCUACUCAUGGGAGGAAUGCAUGUCUCUUCGCGAAAUCAAGUCUUUGCGGAAGCUUGUGCAUCCGGGGAUUGUGAAGUUGAAGGAGGUACGUAUAGUCUGAUCGAAAGUUGCUCUCUAGGAUUAGUUAGGAUACUUCUAGUUCUAGGAGAAAUCUUUAUAUCCAAACGUGAAAUCAAUGAGUCAUUCCUUCCGCUGCCCUCUCAAUCAGAAACUCCCACUUUCAUACCAGGUCAUCAGAGAAAACGACGAGCUACAUCUGGUAUUCGAGUUCAUGGAAGGCAACCUUUACCAGUUAAUGAAAGACCGAGUAAAGCAGUUUAAGGAAGGGCAAGUGCGAGCCAUGAUGUAUCAGACAUUGCAGGCACUCAGUUACAUACACAAGCAUGGGUACUUACGUGCUUUAUUUUUGGUUUUGUUGUUAUCAUUGGGUAGAAGUAGAAGCCUUCCGUGAAGGACUUCAAAAACGCUUUGUACCUGAGCCAUCAUGCGUCAAUUGCAAAUGUUCAAGAACACUCUCCAAUCCUGGAGGUAUUUCCACCGAGACUUGAAACCGGAGAAUUUACUAGUGUCAAACGAAACGGUAAAACUUGCGGAUUUCGGUCUUGCGAGGGAAAUUAGGUCAAGGCCACCAUUCACAGACUACGUUUCGACAAGGUAUCUAUGGGUCUCUUUAGACCUAAGCACUUCACUGUCGUAGGUGUAUAUGAGCAGUGUAGUUCCUUGUUUUGAAGAAGACGCCAUGUGGUCGGUACAUUUAAAUCAUGUUGAAACUGAUUUCUCGCAGAUGAUCAAUUCGAACACAACUGCACGCAUGAAAAUUUCUCCCAGGUGGUAUCGCGCGCCAGAAGUUCUAUUGCGUUCACAGAGUUACAACUCGCCAAUUGAUAUGUAUGCGCUUGGUGGCAUCAUGGCUGAACUCUAUAUGCUCCGACCCCUCUUGCCGGGAAGUUCAGAGAGUGAUCAGUUGUAUAAGAUAUGCAGGUACUUCUUCUCGUAAAUAAGUGAUAUUGUUGAGUUUUCGUGAGUAGCUAGUUGUGUUUUUCAUUCGCAUCAGCUGUGACUAGUGCUUGAUCCUAGGAUGAUGUCGAAUACAUAGUUGAAGAUGAAGAUCAUUUAUUUACCCACACAGUGUUAUGGGUACGCCGCGGCAGUCGGAAUGGCCAGAGGGAUGGCAAUUGUUAUGGCUGGCGAUAGACCUCUACAUAGCAUACCAUAAUUACCAAUGAAUCACUCAACAAGUAAAGGCAGAAUGGGUGAAAAAGAUUCGAAAUACUACUCAUUUUGAUGCGAUACAAACGCCUUCUGAACAGCAGCACAACCAUCACGACUGAGAACUCAAACUCUUCUAAUCCCUAGCUCAAAAAUCGGUUUCCGUUUUCCGCAGUUCGUCCCCACGCCACUAGAGACCUUGAUUCCUUCCGCGUCGGCUGAGGGCAUCCACCUCCUACAGCAGUUACUCCAAUGGAACCCAGCACGGCGGAUAACGUCACCUCAAUGCCUUCAGCAUGGCUACAUACAAAACCACCUGCAAGAACUGGCCCGCUUCCGCUUUGACACAUCAGUAAACCCAAGUACGAGCUCUACGAGCAACAUGAAUCCGGCGCCAGCUGUCGGAGGUAGCAGCUUUGGCGCAGGAGCUCCAGGGUCAGUUCCAGGACAAUUUUUAUGGGCGGAUCAAAGAACCUAUAAUUUUGAGCCCUAAUAGGAUUCGCUUGUAUUUUUAGAAGGUGAACAUCCGCUCAUUUGAGAUCUUUUGUAUGAGCUGAUGUUCCCCUUCUAAUUAUACAAGCAAAUCCGCCUGGAGGACCCGGGGCAGCAAAUCCGCCUGGAGGCGACCAGUCAGGCCGCCUACGUAGUGGAAACAGAGGAGGCGAAUCCCAGCUGCCAUCCCUUGGAGGGUCAGGCGGCCCAUCAGGCCCUUCCAAACCAGCAUCAGCGAGGAAGCGAGCAGAUAUGCCAACCUCUGGUGGAAGGACGCCAGCAACUUAAGGCUUGCCCUAAUCCAUCUUCCCUAAACCCUAACCAAGAGGCUUCUCAAGGGGAAAAGGCACCUCCUAGGACGCAUUUCGGGAAGAUGGAUAAGGGUCGUGAGCUCUUCUAAGCAACGUCCUCACGCAAUGGCCCGAAUACGGGAGGGGCGUCUGGAAACGUUCUUAGCGGCACACAGAGCAGCUCCUUAUUUGACCAGUUGUUGGACGACAUACAGAAUACAGGAGGAGGUUCUGGGCCUAGUACAAGGAAGAACACUGGGUCCGGCAAAGGCGGGAGGCGGUAUCUCAACAUGUCUCGCUACCACGCUGGAGUGCAUUUGACGCCUUUGAAGACAGUUAUGCACACUAGAUGUUGUUGAAGUAUCAAUGUGAUGAAUGUUUACUUAGUACACGUACAGUACUGAUACUCAACCAGAACCAGUAUCAAAACUGCAACGCAAGUAGAUCGACGAUUAGGUUGAUUAUCAAUACUUAUGACCAGAUGCAGAUUUUUUGCAAUGCGUUCUGAGUUCUCUUGGAUUCCAAUUUUGUGUAAGUAGUUAGGUCGUCCGCUAACACUCGUGGCACAAUACCGCAAUCCGGAGGAAUGUCCAUGCCCGCACAGCCAGGCGGCUUAGGUCCUGGCGGAGGUCUGGGGCCUAGUAGUGGUAUAGGUACUAGUAGUGGUAUAGGGCCUAUUAGUGGUAUAGGUCCCGGAGGCGGUUUGGGACCAGUUGGCGGCCUCGGACCACCGCCCGGAGGGAAUGGCAUGAUGAGUUUUAUGUCUGCGAAGAGUUUGACUUUGAUUUCAAAAAUGAAGAUGCUUCUUUUGAAUCUGAAUUCCACCGACAUGAUUUUUUUAGUCAGAUGAAUCCUCCUCAUCUUCUAAGAUAUCUGGUGCACCACCUGGAAUGGGCGGUCCUUUCGGAGGUGGCGCGAAACCUAAGGCCGCGCCACUGUAUUCCGGUUCGUUUGGAGGAGGGAAGGAAGACUCUCUGUCAGGCCUCCUUGGUUCUUAAGGUUUUUUUCUCAAUUUACUUUCUUUGUGUGCGUGGUGCAUGAUCUUUGUUGAAAGGUAGAAGUAUCUAUGGGAGAGAAAGAAAAAUCAUAGGGGAAUGCUUGCUCCCGUAUAUCUAUCAAGGAUGUAGCGGAAGGAGGAAUUGCUGAGAGCUCUAACUUGGAGGAGGAGGAGGCCCAGCGCCGCCACCUGUAGCAGCGUAUAAGCCAGGACAGUAUAGUCAAACAACGCCAGGACUCCAGAGCUUGCCAGGAGCUUCGGGAUCGGGAUUUUCUAUUAUGAUGAACGAUCACUUCUUUAUAACGGGGGGUCGACAGUCUAUGUGUUGCUGAACUUUAAUUUUUAUUGGUUGUGAUAGAUCGGUGAAACUUAUUAAACUCAAUAUCAUCUACAAACUAGUACCUACUUGUCUAUUUGUCCUCCAUCUACAUCCUCCUCUCCCUUCCUCUAAAACAUCCGGCGGCGUCGCCUCCUCGUCUGUCCUUGGGGGCGGCAAUCUUACAGCCGGGGCAUCCACAUUGAGCUACGCUCAAGGCAACAUCAAGCGUCACGGAAUCGUGCCACCUUUGGGGAGUAAUGGAGGCCUUGGAAACGGACCAGGGAUGCUCGAGAAACGAAGUAAUUUUGGCGCAGCGGCAAGAUCAAUGUUCGGCUAGUGGCUUCGUGCAGAACUUCUUUUAGUGAGUAUGAGUAGUGACUACAACUAGUCUUUUUUUGGUCUAUGGCGCAGUCGACUGGAGCACUAUAAUAACUGCGCCUGCAAGAUGAACGGGGUUUGCAGUGGAUGUCGCACGUCUUCAAAAUCUUGCCUAGCCGUCUAUCUUUCCUAGUUAGGCUUAGGUCAAGUUACUUAUUCAUCUGUUUUUUGCUCAACUAAGCUACGAGUCAGAUAUUUAUCAUCAAGCGCUUAAUUAUCGAACGCAAGAAGUCCAGUCUUCUAGUCUGCUUGAGGUAAUGAAGGAUAAAAGCGGUUAAUUACAUCAUGGUAAAUUGAUUUUUUUAGCAAGUCUCUCGAUGUCAUUGUCUUAGAACUUUCUUUUUCGCAAAAUGGACUUACUCAGAACUGCCAACAUCUUGGUAGCACGUAGUUUUAGAUUUUUAGUCUAUCUUGAUUUUCUCAACGCAACAAUUAGUAACGCAGAAUUUUGUUCCCUAUCAUGCUAGGAUUGAAUGAUAAAGCAUUUCUAUUUUUCGAAGGUAUCAUCGAUGGUGAUACAUCUACUUACAGAUCAGAUAACAGAUGUUUCCUAUGGAUCUUCUAUGCUGGACUACACCAUCUUGUGUCAAUCUCUAAAACCUAAAAUUACAAAUUAGUAUCUUUUCUUACGCAACAAGCUGUCCUUGUUAGGUCUCUCUUCGCUGCAGGAGUAUCUAUAACCCAGAGGAGUU